GAAAGCGGAGGAAGAAGAUGGCGAGGCUGUGCUGGAGUUUUCAGUCUGUUUGAAUAGGCUAGUCAAGUAACUAUUCGGGUCAUGGCGUCAAACUCAACUAAGUCUUUCCUGGCAGAUGCCGGCUAUGGCGAACAGGAGCUGGAUGCUAACUCUGCCCUCAUGGAACUGGACAAAGGUCUAAGAUCUGGCAAACUUGGUGAACAGUGUGAAGCCGUUGUUCGCUUUCCCAGACUCUUUCAGAAGUAUCCCUUCCCUAUUCUCAUCAAUUCUGCGUUCCUAAAGUUAGCUGAUGUUUUCAGAGUUGGAAACAAUUUCCUGAGGCUGUGUGUUCUUAAAGUUACUCAACAAAGUGAGAAGCAUUUGGAGAAGAUUCUAAAUGUGGAUGAAUUUGUGAAGAGAAUCUUCUCUGUAAUUCAUAGUAAUGAUCCUGUGGCAAGAGCCAUCACACUCCGGAUGUUGGGAAGUCUGGCGUCAAUAAUUCCUGAGAGGAAGAAUGCUCAUCACAGUAUUCGUCAGAGUCUGGAUUCACAUGAUAAUGUAGAAGUUGAAGCUGCUGUUUUUGCAGCUGCAAACUUCUCUGCACAGUCCAAGGAUUUUGCUGUUGGAAUCUGUAACAAAAUCAGUGAAAUGAUUCAAGGUUUAGCCACACCGGUUGACCUGAAGCUGAAGUUGAUCCCCAUCCUGCAGCACAUGCACCACGACGCAAUCCUGGCUUCCAGCGCUCGACAGCUUUUACAGCAGCUGGUCACGUCCUAUCCUUCUACCAGAAUGGUCAUUGUUUCUCUGCACACUUUCACUCUGCUUGCAGCUUCAUCUUUGGUUGAUACACCUAAGCAGAUUCAGCUUCUAUUGCAGUACUUGAAGAAUGACCCCAGGAAAGCAGUAAAGAGACUUGCUAUUCAAGAUCUGAAGUUACUUGCCAAUAAAACACCACAUACUUGGAGUAGGGAAGAUAUUCAGGCACUCUGCGAAUGUGCCCUUCAGACUCCUUACGACAGCUUAAAACUCGGGAUGCUGUCUGUGCUUGCCACGCUGUCGGGGACCAUCGCCAUCAAACACUCCUCUAGCCUAGCUCCAGGAGAUGCAGGUUCUUCCCCCAGAGCCUCAGAUUUAGUCAAAUUAGCCUAUGAGUGUUGUUACCACAACAGCAGGGGCAUCGCAGCUCAUGGAGUGAGAGUGUUAACGAACAUCGCUGUGUCGUGUCAGGAGAAAGACCUUUUGGCGCUGGAACAGGGUGCUGUCUUUGGCCUGGAAUCCCUUCUGGUCCUUUGUAGUCAAGAUGACAGUCCAGGUGCUCAAGCCACUUUAAAGAUUGCUCUUAAUUGUAUGGUGAAGCUGGCCAAGGGCAGGCCCCACCUCAGCCAGUCGGUGGUCGAGGCCUUGUUGACGCAGUUGCACAGUGCCCAGGACGCCGCCCGCAUCCUCCUGUGCCACUGCCUGGCAGCCAUCGCUAUGCAGCUGCCCGUGCUGGGAGAUGGGAUGCUCGGGGACCUCGUGGAGCUCUACAAGGUGAUCGGACGGUCCGCCACAGACAAGCAGCAAGAACUUCUGGUGAGUUUGGCCACUGUGAUUUUUGUAGCCAGUCAGAAAGCAUUAUCUGCUGAAGUUAAGGCAGUAAUUAAACAGCAGCUUGAGAGUGUCUCUAAUGGAUGGACCGUAUACCGGAUCGCCAGACAGGCAUCCAGAAUGGGUAACCAUGACAUGGCCAGAGAGCUUUAUCAGAGCUUGCUGACUCAGGUUGCCUCGGAACACUUUUACUUCUGGCUGAAUAGUUUGAAGGAGUUCUCACAUGCAGAGCAGUGUCUCACAGGGCUGCAGGAGGAGGAUUACAGUUCAGCACUUUCUUGCAUUGCUGAGGCUUUAAAAUUCUACCACAAAGGGAUUGCUUCCUUAACAGCUGCCAGUACACCACUGAAUCCUUUAAGUUUUCAGUGUGAAUUUGUAAAACUCAGAAUUGACCUUCUGCAGGCCUUCUCUCAACUGAUCUGUACUUGCAACAGCCUGAAGACAAGCCCCCCCCCUGCAAUCGCCACAACAAUUGCUAUGACCUUAGGAAAUGACCUUCAGAGAUGUGGGCGCAUCUCCAAUCAGAUGAAACAGUCCAUGGAAGAAUUCCGAAGCCUCGCAUCCCGAUAUGGGGAUCUUUAUCAGGCAUCUUUUGAUGCUGACUCAGCAACUUUGAGAAAUGUGGAACUACAGCAGCAGAGCUGUUUACUGAUAUCUCAUGCAAUAGAAGCCCUGAUUUUGGAUCCAGAAUCAGCAAGUGUCCAGGAAUAUGGAUCUGCUGGAGCCGCCCGUGCAGACAGUGAAUAUGAGAGAAGAAUGAUGUCUGUAUAUAGUCGUGUGUUGGAGGAAGUGGAAUCACUCAAUCGAAAAUACACCCCUGUUUCUUAUAUGCAUACAGCAUGCCUCUGCAAUGCCAUCAUUGCCUUGCUGAAAGUUCCCCUUUCAUUUCAAAGAUACUUCUUCCAGAAAUUGCAGUCUACCAGCAUUAAGCUUGCUCUGUCACCGUCGCCCCGGAACCCUGCAGAGCCCGUCGCCGUCCAGAACAACCAGCAGCUGGCCCUGAAGGUAGAAGGAGUAGUUCAGCAUGGGUCUAAACCAGGACUGUUUCGCAAAAUCCAGUCUGUCUGCCUGAACGUUUCUUCCACACUACAGAGUAAAUCUGGGCAAGACUACAAGAUACCCAUUGACAGCAUGACCAAUGAGAUGGAGCAGAGAGUUGAGCCUCAUAAUGAUUACUUCAGUACUCAGUUUCUGUUGAACUUUGCCAUCCUCGGGACACACAGUAUUGCAGUGGAAUCUUCAGUGAAAGAUGCCAAUGGAAUUGUGUGGAAGACUGGUCCCAGAACUACCAUAUUUGUAAAAUCCCUGGAAGAUCCUUACUCCCAGCAGAUUCGCCUACAGCAGCAGCAAGCCCAGCAACCCUUGCAACAGCAGCAGCAACGAAAUGCCUACACACGGUUUUAAGUACGUGAUGAGUGUACAACAGACUUGAAAGGACUGACCAAACUGGCAGAAAUACUUGCUUCUUCAUGUGGAUUAAGAUAUGAAAGUUAUAAUGUGGAGCCCACUUAUUCAUUGAUUUUUAUAAUGUCAUAUCCUCGGAAAAAAUUUUUUUAACUUAAAAAUUCAGUUUGAGAAAUAAUUGGGUUAUUAGCCAGAAAGAUUUUUUUCCUUGUUCUUUUUUAAACCAAGUCCUUUUUCUCAUAUUGAACAUUUUUGUUGCUUUAUUGUUUUUUCUGUUUCUGAGCUUUUUCUCUUUCUUUCAAGAAUAUAGUCCCAUAUUUGGAUCAUUGAAUUUGUAAAUUUGACUGCUUCUUCACCAGAAUACAUCCUUUACUGCCUGACACAAACCUGAAAUUCCCAGCUCGGCAUUAGGAAGUUCUGACCAGUGGGCAAAAGGCUUAUCCAUGGUAGCGGAAACUGAGUCCUUCUGUGGACAGAUGUGAAGGAGGCCCUGGAACAUCCAGCCCUCUGCAUUGUGAGAGCCUGCAGGCUCGCAGAAUUGAGACCUGCUCCUGAGUAGUUCAGGGACUUACCUGUCUCUUCCUGUAUGAAAGCAGUCUUAUUUAUAGUUUUACUAUUGAAUUGACCCAAAGGGCAGCAAGCAAUUACAUAGAAAGAUUGGAGAUUAAUGAUCUGUUGUUUUUUCUAAUAUGUGUGUGACUGUAUAAUCUAGACUUUUUACACUGUUUAUAAAAGUGAAAAAAAUCAUUCACAGUUACUAUCUUAAUAUUUUAAAAGGUUGGGGCAGAUCUUUUCCUUUGAUCUGGUUUGGUUUCUGCUCAGUGAGCCGUGUAACACGACAUGAUUGGUGAGAACAGUCUCUGUAACAACCUUGGUCAGUGGGGUGCUCAGGGACAGGAGUUUUCUGGUUAACCAGGAAACCCCUUUUUUCUUUCUAUUUUACUAGUGGUUGGAAACCAUUUUAAAAUAUAAUUAUGUACUUUCUUGCCUUAACACAAUGUAUGAGAUACAAUUUAGCCUUUCUCUGUUGAUUUGGGAUCACGUCAUACUUUGGAGUCAUGGUUUCCAAGCAUCAGGGAUCAUAGGACUGCAGACUUCGAUGAUAAUAGGCAGCUGGACACAGCAUCUUCCAGAUGCAGCUCCCAAGAUGAAGCAGCGCUCAUCCCUGGAAAUUUCCUUCUUAAAUAAACCUCAAUUUCUUUGCUCAUUUUUCAUUUUUCUCUUCAAAGUUGACAUUGAUUCA